CCCCACCCAGUCCGGUGCCUGUGCCCUGGGGCUGCCAGCCAGGGUAGGGCAGCAGGUCUGGCCUGGGCCGCCCGCCACCUGCCCACUGCCUGCCUUCCUGUAGGUUCCGACAACAUGCUGUCUGCUACGGGCAGCUUGCAGAGGUGCUUCCAGGCCAUACUCCUCCUGGCCCUGACUGUGUUCCUGCUGGCCAUCUUCCUGAAUGUGGACAUCAGGCUGCUCAUGUCUUUCCUUGGGGACAAGGCUGAGGGGCCCCCCAUCACCAACGUCAUGUUCCUCAAGACACACAAGACAGCCAGCAGCACGGUGCUCAACAUCCUCUUCCGCUUCGCCGAGACGCACAACCUGUCGGUGGCGCUGCCCGUGGGCUCCCAGUUCCACCUGGGCUACCCCUGGCUCUUCCUGGCGCGCUACGUGGAGGGUGUGGAGCCCAGCGGCCCCAAGCGGCACUUCAACAUCAUGUGCAACCACCUGCGGUUCAACCUGCCGGAGGUGCAGAAGGUCAUGCCCAAAGACACUUUCUACUUUACCAUCCUCAGAAACCCUGUCUUCCAGUUGGAGUCUUCCUUCGUCUAUUACAAACACCACGCCCCUGCCUUCAGGGGCGUCGCGAGCCUGGAAGCCUUCCUGGCCUCCCCGUGGACCUACUACAACCAGAGCCUGGGCCUGAGCAACGUCUACGCCAGGAACAACAUGUGGUUCGACCUGGGGUUCGACAACAACGCGCCAGCCGAGGAGGGCUACGUCCGCGCGAGCCUCGCCGCCAUGGAGCAGCGCUUCCAGCUGGUUAUCAUAGCCGAGCACUUCGACGAAUCUAUGGUGCUGCUGCGGCGGCUGCUGCGCUGGCGGCUGGAUGACGUGGUCUCCUUCAGUCUCAAUUUCCGCAGCCAGCGUAGCGUCACCAGCCUGACGCCUGAGGGCCGGGAGCGCGCGCAGCGCUGGUGCGCCCUGGACUGGCGCCUCUACCAGCACUUCAACCGCACCUUCUGGGCCAAGGUGCACGCGGAGCUGGGCCCGCAGCGGCUGCGCGCAGAGGUGGAGCUGCUGCAGGUGCGGCGGCACGAGCUUGAGGCUCUGUGCCUGCAGGACGGUGGGCCCAAGAACCAGUUGCAGAUCACCGACCGCAUACUGCGCCCCUACCAGUCGGGCAAGGCUGACAUCCUGGGCUACAACCUCAGGCCGGGCCUGGACAAUCAGACACUGCAGAUGUGUCGGAGAAUGGUCAUGCCCGAGCUCCAGUACGUGGCCCACCUGUACACCCUGCAGUUCCCGGAAAAUCCCCCGAAGAAGAUCCCCUUCCUGGAGUAGAGGAAUGGCACCGGAGAGGGGACCCCGUGUGUCUCUGGCCCCUCUCCUGUCAUCCGUGGGAGGCCAUGGGCACUGCCUCAGGCUCGGAGGAGGCCUCUUGGGGCAUCCGGGAGACCCAGGCCCUGCCAGACCACUGCUCCUCAGGGUGCAGAUGCCGGUUGCCUGUGAAGAGAUCACCCAUGAUCCAUCCUCUCAGAGGUGGCCUAUUUGGUGGAGGUCCCCAAAUCUUGGACAGUAGGCACACCUGUCCUCACGAUGUGAACCUAUUCAUCAAAAAAAAAAAAGUAGUCUUACCAGGUUGGAAAUGAGGGCUAUUUAAUUACAUGUCAUCAGAGGAACAGGAACCAGGGAAUCCGGGGAGCUUGGGCAGCAGGGCCAUGGAUCCCUGAGGAGCUGAGAGCAGCUCCCCUGAGUUUGCCAGCCAUGGGGACAUGGCGCUGGUCACUGAGACACUGGUUCAGCACCUGCAGAGCACUCUGAAGUUGGGCCUGGGGAGCUGGGACAAAGGAAAGGAUCUGGAAUGUCCAGCUUCCCACCUCUGGCUGUAUGAGGCUUGUUUCCAACCAAAGAACAGUUUUAGAUUGAGAAAUGUUAGAUUGGCUUAUGAGAGGAAUGGUUUAGCCAGAGCACAGUGAAGGUCAGUGCUGGGCUCUGUGUUGGGAUAGCCUCCUCCCCAUCCCCAAAUGUCCAGUGAAGGAGAAAACUUGCAGGAGAGCUUGGAUGGGCCACUGCACCCUUGGUUGCCAUGGAGACCAUGUUGGAUGCAACCCCAGAGGAGGGCAGCUUCCAGGCACCCUCUUUGUCAUUUGUGGUGGGGGCCUGAGGAUGCCCUGCCUGGCAGGAUGUGAUCCCUGGCUGCUUGGGGGCCCAGCAUUUAGAGUGGGGUGCACACACCCAGCACCAUGUGCCCUGUGCCCUAAGAAAAGUCGGGUGCCUGGAGCACCCAAGAAACAGAGCCACUCACUCUCACACACUCAGCCCAGAGGCUCAGCCUGGCCUGUCCACCUGGCAUGGGGGUCCCUUUCCUUCCAUGUAGGGCCCUCCACCCUGAACCGCAGCAGCUGAGCCUGGGCACCAGGGCCAGGCGCUCUUGCUUCUCAGGGUAAGACGUGUCCAAACGUCUCAGGGGAAUCGGCAUUUCAAAGAAGGAGGAGCCUCACUCAUGACAGAACAGGCAGCAGCUCCCCUGGACACCAAUUGAACGGAGGGACUUUAAAAAGAAUGAAUUUUCUGUGAGAUUGGAAGACAUAUUGCUGCCAAUUUGAGAAUAAAAGAGUAUUUGGAAAAGGAAAACAUGACUUCCCAAAGAAAUGGAAUAGAGACCGUGAAGAAUGAACGGACGCUGCAGAGCCGGGGUCAGCCAGGAGACCCUCCAGAGGGUCUGUCAUCCUCCACCUGGAGGAAAAUGCCAAGAAAGAAAUUCCAAGGGAGAGUGGAGAAGGGAAAUCAGAUCCAGGAUAAGCCACCUGCGACUGACGGGAGUCUUGGCAGCAGAGUAAGGCUCAUAGAUAAGAACCUAGAGUCAAACAAAAAAUGGGGGAAAUUACCCCCGUUUAAAGAAAGACUCAAUCAGUGCCCGGAACGUUAGGCAGCUCCCCCAACUCCCAAAGAAAACAAGGCCCCCAGCCCGGCCAGCGUGGGCAGGCACGUGAAUCCGGGAUAAACAGAAGACGCUGCUGUUUCUUGCCACAGAGAGCGGGCAGUCGGGGGGGAGGGCGGUGGCUUGAGACCACCACCAGCACCAGAGUGCUGCGACCGCAGACCGAGGCUGUGCUCAGCCGCACAGUAACCAAGAACAGGAAACUACCCGGGGAGUUCAAUGGCGUUUGCUUUUGCCUUUGAGGUUGGCAGGAAUGUAAACUGGUACCCCCUUUUUGGAGGGAAGUUUGGGGGUAUUUAUCACCAGGUAAAGCACACGUGAUUUGUAACAGAACUUCAGAACGGGUUGUCUAUCC